AUGUCAUCAUUCAAGUUGGGAUUGACAACGCUGGUGUUCGUGACAUGCACUAUACUCGGAACUCACGCUCAGGUUCCGCAACAUUUCAAUUUUUUCGAUUACGGGCAGCGGGGCCCGCUUCUUGGUAGCCAUUUCGGCCCUCCAGCAACAAACGCUACCUUUGACUAUGUGAUCGCCGGUGGUGGUAACACAGGACUGACGAUUGCGACGCGCCUGGCACAAACCGGCGCCAGCGUGGCUGUAAUCGAGGCUGGAGGGUUUUAUGAGGUUGAUAAUGGCAAUUUGUCCAUUGUUCCAGGUUAUGCAACAUUCUUCACUGGCUCAGAUCUUGACAACUAUUCUCCCCUGGUAGAUUGGGGGUUUGCCAAAACUCCGCAGCCUGAGUUAGGUAAUCGCCGGUUACACUAUGCACGUGGAAAGACAUUGGGAGGAUCGUCUGCGCGAAAUUAUAUGCUGUAUCAACGAGUUACGGUGGACAGCAUGCAACAAUGGGCGGACGAAGUGGAUGACCAAAGUUAUACCUGGGAAGCCUUUUUGCCCUAUUAUCAGAAAUCCAUAAAUUACACUCCCCCUGGUCAGAAGCUAUACACCAAUUCUUCCAACAAGCAAGAUCCCAAUGCCUUCAGCUGCACUGGCGGUCCUUUGAAGGUAUCGUUUAGCAACUUCGUUGACCCAUUUGGAACUUGGGCACAGCAGGCUUUCAUCAAGGUGAAUAUGACUGAAAUUGAAGGCUUGGAUAGCGGCAAACUACUGGGUUCGGCUUAUGCGACUUUAACCAUUGAUUCCCGUAACGCUUGGCGGGAAACUUCUGAAUCAAGUUUUCUUAUGCAUGCCUUGAAUGCUGGUCUACCUGUUACAAUCUACAAGAGCUCUCUAGCCCGAAAGAUCAUAUUCGAUAGCAACAACACUGCAACUGGCGUACAAGUGUUUGCUGCUUGUUUCUCUGGGACCCAGUCAAUGAAUUUCACACUAACUGCUAGGAAGGAGGUUAUUGUAUCUGCAGGCGUAUUUCAGUCUCCUCAGCUGCUCAUGGUAUCCGGCAUCGGCCCGUGUGAUGAAUUGGCUGACUUUGGCAUAACUUGUAUCAGUAACCUGAUAGGAGUAGGCCAAAAUAUGCAAGACCACCCGAUAUUUGGCAGCGCUCAUAGGGUCAAUGUCCACACAGCAUCUGCAAGCUUGAACAAUGCCACGCUGUCGGCACUAAGUGUUCAAUCAUAUAUCAACAACGCUACUGGUCCUCUAUCAAUCUUUGGUCCGGGCAUCUACGGUUGGGAGAAACUUCCAGAACCGUACCGGUCUCAGCUCAGCAACCAGUCUAGGGGAGUCCUCGACAUUGGUGCCUACAACGGAUACAAUCUCAAUAAAGAAACGGCUGACCCCCGUGAUGGUCACAAUUAUGCGACACUGAAUACUGCUCUAGUGGCGCCCCUUUCUCGCGGAACAGUUAAGAUACAGAGUAAUUCUAUGACUGAACCUCCAAUUAUUAAUCCCAACUGGUUGGCUGACCAGACUGACCGAGACUUGGCCAUUCAGUCGUUUAAACGGCAACGCGAGAUAUGGGAUAUCCUCGCUCAUCUCGGUUCGAACUACACCACAGAUUCUCAAAUAAAACAAAUCACCGCGGAGAGUAUGAACACCGUAUAUCAUGCGUCUGCAACCUGCAAGAUGGGAAAGAAGGGCGAUCCAAUGGCUGUUCUGGACAGUCAUGCUCGUGUCUACGGCGUUCAAAAUCUUCGAGUCGUCGACGCCAGUAGCUUCCCUUACUUACCUCCAGGUCAUCCUCAAGCAUUAGUAUACGCUUUGGCAGAGAAGGUCGCGGAUCUGAUCAGAGCACAGUAUCUGCACUUCUCCGCCGCAUUUUAA